AGUUCCAAUUUGCAUAGUCCAGUUUGCAACAAGUUGCAAAAACGAAAGCAAUGGCAAAUUCGGAGCGUCUUUCUACAUCAAAAGUUCUUUGCCGGUAUUUAUCACAAAUAAGCUAUUAACUGAUAAUUAUAUUUAUCUAUAGCUGCUUUUAAAUUGCAUUUAUAAAUUUUCUAUUCAUGCGGUUCUAUAAGAACGGUUGUUGUGGGAAAGGUGCAAAUUGCUUUUUCUCACAUGAUUUAUCAUCUAAAGAAGAUACUGUUUGUAAAUAUUACCUGCGAGGGUCUUGUUCUUACGGUUCAGAAUGCAGAUUUGAUCAUGUUAAACAACAUAAGACAAAAAUUUUGGGACCACCACCUCUACCAAGCAGUAGCGAACCACCUGAAAAAUCAAUGAUUUCAGGUCCGAAACCAUAUGAUUGGGCUCAAGCUGCGGAAUUCGUUCCAGGGGCGAAAUACCAUGGAAAGAACUAUGCCCAAAUAACUGCAGUUGACGAUAGUGCAGCCAUAGUUUCAGAAAGUCACAAAGAAAAAUUUAAUGAGCUAUGUCCUUGGGCGAUGAGUAGCGAUGGUUGUCGAUUAGGCGAUGAGUGCCAGUAUGUCCAUGGUAACGUUUGUGAAAUGUGCGGAUAUGCCUGCCUCCAUCCAGAUGAUGAAAAUCAACGUUUGAGACACGAGAAGGAUUGUAUUGAAGAGCAUGAAAAAGCCAUGGAAGCAUCAUUUGCUAUUGCUAGAUCGAAAGACAAAGUCUGCGGAGUUUGUAUGGAAAAGGUGUUAGAUAAAAAGCCAGCAUCCGAUGCUAGGUUUGGAAUUUUGUCUCAUUGCAAUCACGUGUUUUGCUUAAGUUGCAUUCGGCGCUGGCGUGGUCAGGAUAAAUUUGAAAAACGUGUUGUACGUGCGUGCCCCGAAUGUAGAGUGUGCUCGAAUUUCGUAACACCUUCUAUUAUUUGGGUAGAAGAUGAAGAUGAGAAGAAGAAAUUGAUGGAAAAUUAUAAAAAUGCUCUGUCAGAAAAACCUUGUAGAUAUUGGAAUCAUGGUAAAGGAGAUUGUCCCUUUAACGAGCAUUGUUUUUACAAGCACACCGAUGAACAGGGAAAUCCAAUGCCUCCAAAACCUAAGCCAAAACGAAGAGUUCGUGAAGAUGGCGAGACAGAAAAUGAAGUACACUUCUUAUUGUGGAAUUUUUUGGAGACCAGAAAUGAUAAUUCCGAGGUUUUAGAGGAUUUACUUUUGUAUGCUGGAAUGUUCCAAGAUGACGUGGAUACCGAAUCAGAUGAUUUUAGUGAUUAA